UGUGUAUAUAGUCAACAGAGUACUUACUAGUAAUGAAUGCAAAUCAAUGCUUGUUUGUCUCUCCCAAUCAGGUGACCGUAUAUCCCAAAGGAGAAAUGCCCCCGAUUUCACAUGCCAUGACAUCAUCAUCAACAAUUGCAAAAACCGAAACAUCCAAUCCCUCGUCUCAUAUCCCAUAACACAACCAAAAUGGAAGAUCCUGUCUCCGAAAUCCCCACGGUGAUCCAACACCUCACGCAGUUCCCUCCAGCCCUACAAUCCCAAACCAUCGACCAGUUCUUCACCCCCAAUGCCUCUUUCGUGCACCCCUUCUGCCGAGUCCAACAUUUCCGCGGUAGUCGCUGGGUGAUCCAAAAGAUCUACCAAUGGUAUAAAGUGAUGUCCCCGCGCAUCGAAAUGAAUAUCCAUUCCGUUGCCUACGACCCCAAAACCCUAACACUCUACGUAACAAUGUCCCAAAUCUUCACGAUCUGGAUCGUCCCCUUCCACGUCGCGCCAGUGAAAAUGACAAUCGUCUUGGAUCUAACCACCGAUCCCUCGGGUAACUCCAUCACCUCUUCAUCGCGGACUAAAUCCAAUUCCAACCAUCAAGGCAAAGAAACAGCAUCCUACGCCGACGUGGUCGCCAACGGCCCCGAUGCCGAUCUCAAAGUCACAAACGGGCAUCGCAAACUCUACUACAUCGCCAAACAGGAGGAUCUGUACCAGACGUCGGAAUUUAUCAAGUUCGUGCUGCCGCAUGUCGGGCACUGGAUUAUCUUAGCGGUUCAUUUGUUCGCGACAGUGUUCUGCGUGCUGGGGGCGAUUUUGUUUUGGCCGUUUAUGUGGAUGGAGGAGCAGGGCUGGAUUCCCGGGGUGGUGUUACGGGGCGGGAAUAUUGUGUAUGAUAUUGGGUGGAAGAAGGGGGAUAUCGGGAAAGAGACUUGAUUCUUAAGUGUUCUAUUUUUUUUUUUUCUUUUGGUUUUCUUUUUUAAAUCUUCUUUUGUAUGUAUAUCUAAAGAUUGAGGAAUAUGGGUGUACAUAUCCUGCAGUGUCUUAUCUACCGGGGAAUAAAUGGUGCUUUCAUUGGAGGAAUCUUGCAUAUGCGCCGGACCAACAUCACUGCGGCAGUGACCACGGCGACGUG